CCGAGCCCGGUCGCCCCUGUCUGCUGCUGGCUGCGUCCCUGCGGGCCGGACUCAUGGCUUCGCAGCUGAGGUUCGACGGCCGGGUGGUCCUGGUCACCGGCGCGGGUGGAGGACUGGGCCGAGCCUACGCCCUCGCCUUUGCAGAAAGAGGAGCCUCAGUAGUUGUGAACGAUUUAGGAGGAGACUUCAAGGGGGUUGGCAAAGGCUCCCAAGCUGCUGACAGAGUUGUCGAAGAAAUCAGAAGGAAAGGCGGAAAAGCAGUGCCCAACUAUGAUUCCGUGGAACACGGGGAGAAGCUCGUCAAGACGGCGCUGGAUGCUUUUGGAAGAAUCGAUGUUGUGGUCAACAAUGCCGGAAUUCUGAGAGACCGUUCCUUUGCUCGGAUAAGUGAUGAAGACUGGGAUAUAAUCCACAGAGUGCACCUGCGGGGUUCCUUUCAAGUGACUCGGGCUGCAUGGGAACACAUGAAGAAACAGCGCUAUGGAAGGAUCAUCAUGACUUCAUCUGCCUCAGGAAUAUACGGCAACUUCGGCCAAGCAAACUACAGUGCUGCAAAGCUGGGCAUUCUGGGCCUGGCCAAUACCCUUUCACUGGAAGGCAAGAAAAGCAACAUUCAUUGUAACACCAUAGCCCCGAGUGCUGGAUCGCGGAUGACGCAGACGGUCAUGCCUGAGGAUCUUAUGGAAGCCCUGAAGCCAGAGUACGUGGCACCCCUGGUUCUUUGGCUUUGCCACGAGACUUGUGAAGAGAACGGUAGCUUGUUUGAGGUCGGAGCAGGAUGGAUUGGGAAGCUUCGCUGGGAGCGCAGCCUGGGAGCCAUCGUGAGGAAGAAGAACCAGCCCAUGACCCCCGAGGCGGUCAAGGCCAACUGGGACAAGAUCUGCGACUUCCACAACGCCAGCAAGCCACUGAGAAUCCAAGAUUCCACUGGCUCUAUAAUUGAAGUUCUGAGUAAAGUUGAUUCUGAAGGAGGCGUGUCAGCAAACCAUACCAGUCAGGCGGCGUCUGCAGCCACGGCAGGAUUUGCUGGAGCUGUCGGCCACAAGUUCCCUUCCUUCUCCGCUACCUACUCAAAACUGGAGACCAUCAUGUAUGCUCUUGGAGUGGGAGCAUCGGUCAAGGACCCAAAGGAUUUCAAAUUUAUUUACGAAGGAAGUUCUGAUUUCUCCUGCUUGCCUACCUUUGGAGUCAUCGUAGCGCAGAAGUCAAUGAUAAAUGGAGAACUGGCAGAUGUGCCCGGGAUCUCAAUCAAUUUUGCAAAGGUUCUUCAUGGGGAACAGUACUUGGAGUUAUAUAAGCCACUUCCCACGUCAGGAACGUUGAGAUGUGAAGCAGUUGUUGCUGAUAUCCUUGAUAAAGGAUCUGGUGUCCUCAUUCUUGUGGAUGUCUAUUCUUAUUCUGGAAAAGAACUUAUCUGCUAUAAUCAGUUUUCCAUUUUCGCUGUUGGCUCUGGAGGCUUUGGUGGAAAACGGACAUCAAACAAAGUCAAGGUGGCUGUCGCCUUACCUAAGAGACCUCCCGAUAGUGUGCUCACAGAUACCACCUCCCUUAAUCAGGCUGCUUUGUACCGCCUCAGUGGAGACUGGAAUCCCCUACAUAUUGAUCCUAACAUUGCCAGCCUUGCAGGCUUUGACAAGCCCAUUCUGCAUGGAUUAUGUACGUUUGGGUUUUCUGCCAGGCAUGUUCUACGACAGUUUGCUGAUAAUGAUGCCUCCAGAUUCAAGGCAAUUAAGGCUCGUUUUGCAAAACCAGUGUACCCAGGACAGACCCUGCAAACUGAGAUGUGGAAACAGGGAAACAGAAUCCAUUUCCAGACCAAGGUCCAAGAAACUGGUGACAUUGUCAUUUCAAACGCGUAUGUAGACCUUGUGCCAGCCUCUGCACCAUCAGCCAGGACCCCCUCUGCGGGUGGGGAGCUUCAGAGUACCCUUGUGUUUGAGGAAAUCGGCCGCCGCCUUAAGGAUGUCGGCCGCGAGGUGGUCAAGAAGGUGAAUGCAGUCUUUGAAUGGCACAUCACGAAAGGCGGAGAUACUACAGCCACGUGGACUAUGGACUUGAAGAACGGCUCCGGGCGAGUAUACCAGGGCUCCGCCAAAGGCUCUGCGGACACUACCAUCACCAUCUCCGAUGAGGACUUCAUGGAAGUGGUGCUGGGCAAGCUGGACCCUCAGAAGGCUUUCUUCAGUGGCCGACUGAAGGCCAGAGGGAACAUCAUGCUAAGCCAGAAGCUCCAGAUGAUCCUGAAGGACCACGCCAAGCUCUGAGGGCGUGCCGUGCGUGUGGCCAGAUCAAGUGACCGUUGUCCUCACCCACCGUGCUCGAUUGCUCUGCAUAAAUGAUCAAAACCAGAAGAUAGGGAAAUUGCUUAACAUGUUCAGAUGCCAGAUAACUUUUCAGAUUUUCAUUUUCUACUAAUUGCUCACAUUAUUUUUGCAGGGAACCCUAAGCUGGCUCGUAGGACCCCUCUGAUCUCAGAUCUCAAUCUCAGCCAUACAGAAAUUCCACCCUAAUCCAAUUGCCUUCUAAUACAUGAGGGCAUUUAUAAACAGCCAGGAGAUUUCAGUGAAUAAAAGGCUCUUUGAUACCUUUGACA